AUGCACAAAGAAUUUUACAUUGGACGCAAGGACGGUGAACGUUUUUACAGUCUGGAUGUGUCGCCAUUCACCAGCCUAGAGCAACUCACAGGAACUCUGGCUGAGGUCUUUGCAUUCGCUGAUACGAAAUCAUUGUGGCUCAUUGACCAACAACGCAACCAUCUUUCGACCCUCAAAGAUGUGCAGGAGACCAAGGACACUGUUGAAGUGCGAGCAACACGUUAUGAGGCCGUUCGUGAGCCCCCCGGGCCUCGCUUGCUGCCCUUCGUUGGCAACCACUACGAAUUAUACCCAGACGUUCUCGGAAACUAUGACCGAUUGUUCUCACUCUAUGGCCCCAUGAUUAAGACCGUCAACAUGGGAACAACCAUCUAUCACACCAAUGACCCGGAGAUCGCCCGUCAUUUGUUGCGCGAAGACAAACUCUUCACCAAAUCCACAUCCGACGCAUCACACCCACUGCACUACAUGAGCGACCAAGACUGCCUCUUCACCUGCGACAGUGCAUCUCCUGCCUUUGUGCCGAGCCACAAAUUUGUACCUCCAACGAUGUCACCACGCGCUGUGGCUCACUUUAUGCCGCUGAUUCAAGAUGCCACACAAUCCAUUUUUACUGUAUUCGACGAGUUGGCCGAGUCUGAUCUGGCGGUCAACGUUUACCAAUUUAUGUUUAAACUAGCAGCACAGAUUAUCUGGCGGGUUGUCCUAAAUCAAGACCUGAAACACUUCGAGACGCUGAAGACGCCGCCAUCGCUGCCUAUCCGACUGUUUGGUCAGUAUCUCUCGCUGAUGAAAAAAGCAUCGUUGCAGCCGCAAUGGUUCAAGUAUCUCCCUUUUGGAGACGCUUCAAGAGUGAAGGCCGUCCGUCAGCAGGUUCUUGACAUUUGCGAGGAUGCCAUGAGCGCCAGCAUCAAGAAGGAUGGCCCACCUCUAUCUCUCUCCGAUCCAACGGCCUUGCAGAGCGCCAGUUGUGUCGCCGAUUUCUUGUACCGCGCCCGUGACAAAGAUGGAGAAGGGCUGCCGUAUGACCUGGUACUUGGCAACGUGGUGGUGACUGCUGGUGCGGGAUUCACCACCAGUUCAUCUCUACUUUCCUGGGCCCUUUAUGCCCUUCUCCGGUAUCCUGAAAACCAGGAACGCCUACUGGAGGAGAUAACCAGCCACCGUGGUAAUACUGAAAAACGCUGGACGUAUGACGAAAUUCAUAGCAUGAAGUUUCUCGAUUGCUUCGUCAAAGAAGUUCUUCGUCUCCACAGCCCCAGUUUCCAGACCGCACGUAACGCCAAACGAGACACGAUCCUGCCGGGAGGGUAUUUCAUUCCGAAAGGUUCCAUCGUCAUUGCGUGUUUUCCUAGUAUACAGAAGAAUCCAGCCCACUGGGAAAAUCCUCUGCGAUUUGAUCCUGACCGCUGGAUGGAGGAAGGUCUCGCGAAACGUAUGGCACGUCAGGGGUCGUACACGCCAUUUGCCGCAGGAGGUCGAGGCUGUGUGGGGUUCAAUUUGGCACUCACACAGGUCAAGAUGGUUCUGGCAGAGUUGGUGUAUCGAUAUGAAUUCGAAGACUCGUCGCCAGAAGCGGUCGUGUAUGAUCCUGAGUUCUUAGUGGUGCGGCCAUUAAACUUCUACGCCGGGCUGACGAGGCGGAAAUAG